AUGCCACGGACGCGAGGCGACGCAAGCAGUGGCGCUGAUGCGGAACGCGAUGCCAAUCAAGAUCAGGGGACACAGCCGCGAGACACUGCGUCUGGAGCGCAAACCGCUGAGUCUUCGACACAAUCUGCCGGCCAGAAGAGGAAAGUGAGAUCUGAGAAUGAAGCAUCUGCGAAGCAACGCCGAACGAGCGAAAGACAGGGAGCAGCUACAUCGGUACGGGCCGAAAAGAAGGAAGAGCAACCGAAAGAAGAAGAUCUGGAACAGCAGAAACCACGACUCACGACACCAGAUCUGGAAUAUGAUUACGAUCGUUCCAAACUACGUGACCCGAGACCAACUCCGGGCCACAGGGCACGCCCGCGCUGGGAUGACAUCAGUGCGCCCCAAGAGAUCAAAGAUUGGGUCAGCGACAGCUUCUACAUACCCAAGCCCACGAAGCCUCCUGGACGUCUGAACGUCGCCCUUAAGAACACAAUGUUCAGAGAUGAAUGUCGGCUGAACCCCUUCGCACAUUUUCACAAACUGUAUGUAUGCCAUGACAAGGGACGCGAGGGCUCACCCACAUACGACCAAGGCGGCUUCGAGCUUGACUACGAGAAGGUGAAUGAUUGGAUGAAACCACAAGCCUACAACAAGAAAAAUAUGGUGCGUGGCAUGGAGAAAGCAGUCGAACGACGAACGACUGAGCAGCAGAAGAUGUUCGACUUGUUCUUUUUGGCCAAGUGGAACGAUGACAGAGGUAUCGGUCACACCGUGGAGAACUAUGUCAAAGACCAGGUGUCAAAAGACAUCGGCGUGCCCUGGCAUCAAAUCGGUCCGGAGCAGGUGCAGCAAUGGCGUGACAGAGGCUUCGAGCCUGUCAACUUCUACGACUGGUGGAAAGAGCCCAACGAAGAGGAGACGAAGAGAAUGAUGAAUAUGAUGUCAGGAGCUAGUUUGAGAAAGGACCUGUAA